ACACGUCUUUGACCAAGGACGCACUCACCUCUUAGCAUAUACUCGUAUGUCAGAAAAUUUAUUUGUUGAAAAACAGUCAUUCUUAUUUUUUAUAAUUAGUUUUCAACUUUGAAAUCAAUUAAACUUUAAUUAUAAUUCGACCAAACUUCGUCUGUAAUGAAGCGAGUGUUGUUGUUUAUAUGUGUAGUAAUAUUACGAUGUGACAGUCAGUCGCCUAUAGCCAGCUCUACAGUCAAGGUAUACCCUUGCAAGAAUACGGAAGACAUCACAGCAUGGAUAAAGCCUGGCUUGCCUCUGGAGGAAUACACCGACUACAAUCUGGAUAUUAAAAAGAGCUUUCCGGCGAACAGCGUUGUCAAAUUUUCGUUCGAUGCUGAAGUUAACAUCACUUUCGGAGUUAAAUCGGAAAAUAACCAGUUCUCAAGAAUAACUUUGAGUGAUGGUGACAUCUUUACGCUACGGUUCUCAACUCAGCAAGAAGGCCUCGGUCUCGAAGUGAGGGGAAAGGUGCCAGGCCUCAACCCCAACGUGAAAGGCCUCACCAUCGACAACGUGGAACACUGCACAGAGCCCGAUGUGGGUUUCGUGGAUAAAUACGCUAAUACCGGAAAAACACCACAACAGGAGAAAUAUCAAUGGCGUGCAGAAAUCCAAAGAUCAGAAAAAGCUGAUGUCCUUCGUAACUGCGGUCGCCGCAUGGUGACCAGUGAGCGGAUAGAGGACGGGCCGGCACAGGCCGGAUACUGGCCGUGGUUCGCUGCCAUAUACGACAUUCAGACACGAACCAGUCUGCGAUACAACUGUGGAGGCACCCUCAUCUCGAAGUCUUUUGUCUUGACAGCUGGAUACUGUACUGUAAACAGAAAACCAAAGGAUGUAUUGGUAGUGAUCGGGAUAUACCACGCAGCCACUUUCGGACCGGAUGUACAACGGAGAAACGUUAAGGAGAUAAUAACUGCCAAAAAUUACAAGUCAGCUGACUACGACGACCAGCUCUCUUUGCUGAGGUUAGCGCAGGAUGUCCCGUUCAGCUCUAACAUACAGCCCGCGUGUCUGUGGCCCAACGCGGCCGCUGGCCCACUUGUGGGCAACGUUACUGGUGCUAUGGUAGGGUGGGGGUACGACGAUGACGACCAGCAACUGGAGAGUCUGCUGCAAGCCAACCUGCCGCUGGUGUCCGACCACGACUGCAUCCAGCGCGACCCCGUGCUGUACAAGCGGCGACUGAACGGACACACCUUCUGCGCGGGAUACCUCGGAGAUGGAGCAUCGACAUGCGAAGGUGAUGGCGGUAUCGCUUUCCUGGUGUUCACCCCCGACAAGGUACAGGAUAGUACAGGACAGGAUAGAAAGGUGACAGGCUCCUGGCAGGUGAAGGGCAUCCUGUCCCGCACCGUGCGACCCCCGGGAGAGCCGUGCACUCAGAGCUACACCCUGUUCACGGACGUGGAGAAGUACUGGGACUGGAUCCACAGAUACUUGGACAACUGAUUCUAUAAAAUAAUAGCAGUAAAGGACUCGUUUAAUCUUGGUCUGACAGAGUUAUGAUUAAUGUACUGAGGUGCCAGAGCAAUUUUAUUUGCAAAACCAAAAUUUUAAUAUUUUCUUAUGCUGUGCACAUCAAUUUUACAGAAAAAUUAUAUCAAAAUUAUAUUCAGCUAAAAAUGUGAACCCGUUACUACUAAGUACCAGGUACUAUUACUAAGGCUACCAGACCAAUGGUUUAUUAUUCACCUGAUAUAUCAAGUAACCAAAUCUGUUGUUGUACUGAUACCGGAUAACCACUCUUAUGGCGGUAGCCGCUUGGACUAUUAUAGGCAAAAUCUCGUGUUGAAAUUUACUUUAUUACUACACAUGGUAGAGUAAUUCAAGUUAUCAAAUUACAUUAAAAUUACUUUAGAUUAAUCUUAAAGAUCAUAUCAAAAAAAAUACAGGUAAUGUAAAAAAGUAAAAAACAAAAA